AUGGUGGAGGGCGGGCGGUGGUGUGCUAGGGCGGGUCAAAGAAAGCAGCAGUUGAGCGAUCAAUAUAGCGCGCGAGGUUGCGCCGCGGGCACAGCACCGCAGCACGCGGCGGGCCCGCGUACCGCUCGCGGCCUGCCGCCGCAAGCAAUGGCCGACAUGCCGGACCUAUCGCACCUAACGCCCGAGGAACGCGCCAUCAUCGAGGGCGUUAUUAUGCGACAACGACAGGAGGAACAACGCGAACACGAGAUCAUGAGGCGAAAACAAGACGAAGUGGCCGUUUUGGAGCAGACCAUACGAACUAGAAAUGAGAUGCAAAGAGCUGCCGGUGUAGAACUAGCGGCUACUUGUGAAAUUUGCUUGAAAACCAAAUUUGCUGACGGUAUUGGGCAUUCCUGUCACUACUGCCGAGUGAGGUGCUGCGCUCGUUGCGGGGGCAAAGUCACUCUACGCUCAAACAAGGUCAUAUGGGUCUGUAUUCUCUGUCGUAAAAAACAAGAGCUGUUAUCAAAAACCGGACAAUGGAUUCACAAGAGCACCGGCCACGACUCAAUGCUGUGGCGAAUGGAAUCGGACAUGAGGAAUUUACCCUCGCAGGUAGAUUCAACAUUAGAUAAAAGACCCAAGUUAGAGAGAGCGCACAGUGCAGCAGAAAAAGAGAAUCAACCGUUGCAGAGGUCUGGUAGCGCUCUGCGACGCCAAUACAGCCAGCAAGAGGCAAAGUGCUACGGAGAACUGGAGGGCUUGUCCCGCACUCACCCACAUCUAGUACAUUCGAGACAGAAGUCAGCGUACGGCUUAGACGACAUGGGUGCCCCGCCGCCGUCGCAGCUGUUGCCCCUCCCCCACAUGUCAGCAGUGCACCCCCCGAUGCCCCCCCGGUCGUCGUCGUCCGACGACGAGGUCCCGGAAUGCGUGUCCGACGAAAACGACGAAUACAGAGAUCGCGGUAAAGAUAGGAGCGGUCCUGCUGGUGCAAGAAAGCAGCGCCAAGCGAUAUUAGACGACAAAAUGAAUAAAUUUUUAUCGGUGAGACGGGACUUAUGUUAG